AAACGACAUUCGCUCUCAUCCCCGAGAGACGAAGUCGUAAAAGCUGCAGAAGGGAACUGUAUUCAGAUUUUAGAAAAACAAAAUAGAGAAAAAUCAUAGCCAUGGAGGAUCUUACCGAAGAAGAAAGACGUGCUUUACGGGGCAGCAAAUUCGCGCCUCUCCCAUCCCAAUCCACUUCCUCUCGAUCUCAGCCAAGGUUGGCUCAUCCAGGUGGGCCAUUGAAGACCAACAAAGCGGCGGCUCUGGCUAAGUUUCUCAAGAGGAAAUUGCACCAAGAUCCUAAUGCUUUAUCUUCUAUUGAUCCCCAGAUUUUGGACCUCGCUGUUCGCAAUGCCAAAGCCUCUGUUCUUUCCGGUGGCUCGUCAGGUUCUGGCACAAAUAUUCGCCAUGUGGACACAUUUGAUGAUCCUGAGGCCUCGUUGGACGAUGGGGAAGCUAUGAAUUCUGAGCCUAGACAACAAAAGAAAAAGAAGAAGAAGAAGAAAAAUAAGAAGAAUAAAAGGCAGAAGAUUGUUAAUGACUCCGGGUGUGGCGUUGGGAAAAAACCCAAAAAGAAGUUGAGAUUGUGAGCUGAAAGGAAACGCAACUGGAGGAUAUCCAAGUCUUCAGAAGAUUGGGGAAUUAACUUGGAAGGAGUUGGAUGAAACCAUUUUGGAAGCAAGGCAGUUCUACAGGGUUGCUGUUCCUGAUAUUUUUGAGCAAGGAGAACUAUUAAGCCUCAUAUUCAUGAGUAUAAAACACUUUAUUGACUUGUUUUCUCUAGUGGAAGAAUGCUGUUUAGCUUCUUUUACUCGUUGCAACAUUUUUUUGGUUGGCAAAUUGCAACUUUCUUUAAAUCCAAUGGUUUGAAUUCAUUCUUGGUAUGAGAAGUCGUUUCCCUAUAUGUACAUUCAUCA